AUGCUCGGUCAUAGGAUCUCAAGAUUCGGGUCUGCCAUUGUUAAACAGCUCGCAAGAGAGGGAUAUUUAUCAGCAUAUGGGACAAGGAAUCUACAACGGUCUUAUGGACAAUACUUGCGAUCUCCGCCAAUGGUACAGAGGCAAGCUAGGACUUAUCAGGAAGCCUUGUUCUUGAACAACAAUAAGUUUUGUACUUCUUCCACAACUUCCUCUGAGAAGGGUGAUGAAGAAACUGAAAAGAUAACCGUUAUCUUUGUUGAUAAAGACGGAGAGGAAAUCCCUAUUAAAGUCCCUAUUGGAAUGUCUGUGCUCGAAGCUGCUCAUGAAAAUGAUAUAGACCUCGAAGGCACAGACUUCUCUUCCAUUUUACUUUUUAAGAUUGAUCCCUUUGAUCGAAUUGCAAAGUCACGGAUUGCUUUUACAUAA